UCCCAUCUCGCAUGAGAUAUUAAUAGCAACCACCACCACUUGAUCCAUCCUUAGUCGUGAUUUUUCGUUUGCGAAAGUCUCGGUAUCGCGACAGUGCCAUCGCAUCGUUGCGCACCCAUUGUCUAACACUGCCCAUUGCUUGCUAUAUACCCGCCGCUCUGCCUCCAGGCGCUCCUGCUCACCGUUCCCCUAACGUGCGCUGAAACAUCAGACGACAAUUUCUCACCCUCGCGCCGUCACCAGCACCGCCAUCGAGCCACGCGGUGCCUCCAUCGAUACACGAGCUCUUCGUGUCGGGUCAGGCCUCUGCCGGUCCCCAUUCACGCGUAUGAACUAGCUGGCCGCGUGUCUACACCACUGCUGCAGUCAUGGGUCGCAGAAAGAUUGAGAUCAAGGCCAUCAAGGACGAUCGCAACCGCUCGGUGACCUUCUUGAAGCGAAAGGGCGGCUUGUUCAAGAAGGCUUACGAGCUGUCUGUCCUUUGCCAAGUCGAUGUCGCCGUCAUCAUCUUCGGCCACAACAAGAAGCUGUACGAGUUCUCGUCCGGUGAUAUCAAUGAAGCGAUCGGCAGGUAUCAAUAUUACGGCGGCGCACACGAACACAAGGGCCCAGAGGACUUCAGAGACAAGAAGGAUGGAGGCAGCGACGAUGAGGACGACGACGCUGAAGAGCUGCCUCGGGAGUCGAGAUCACCGCCCCACCCAACCAUGGCACAUCACCUUCACGGACAACCACAAUUCAACCACAUGGGUUCUGCCUCGCCUCCGAUGCCAAAUGGCGCCUUUCCACACCGCGGACCGUCGCCUCAGCCUCCUCACAAUAUCUCGCGUCCAGGCUCGCGGGCGCAUAUUCGCCAGCCAAGCCAACAACACUUGAUGCCUCCACAGCACCCAGGACACAUGCAAGUUUCGCAGUCUCCACCACAACCUAAUUUUGCAUACAUGCCAAACCCACCCAUAUAUAACCCGCAAGCGGCUGCAGGCAUGCAGCAGCGCCCGCAGCCUGGUCAGGCCAUGCCACCGCAGUUUCCACCGCAAUUUGCCCCGCAACCUGCUCAUCAGCAUCCCCAGCCGCAUCCGUCGCAACAUCCCCAAGCACAGCACCCUCAGAUUCAGCAGAUCUAUGCACAGGAACAACAGCGUCGAUCAGUGCCGCCUCAAUUUCCCCAGCAGCAUCCUCCUCCGCCGCCCCCACAACAAACCCAAGAACAACGGCCGACGCCACAACCGCAGCCAUCACCGCAGCCGCCUCAAAGCCAAUUCAGUAGCCCCCCUCUUCCACAGCCCAAGCCACUCCCUGCAGCAGCAAAGACGCACAGCAUCUUUACGCCCAUCGAUGACAGCAGAUCUCUGCUCGCGCAGCACUGGGACAGCUCGCGAGACGAUCCACCUCGAUCAGACCCGCCGGUCAAAAUAGAGGAACAGAGAUCGCAAUCCAUCGAUGUCGCAACGAUCAAUCGGAACGGAUCCAACGGCAUAGCGCCUCCACCGCAGCUGAACACGUCGCAGCCGCAGCCGCAACCGCAAUCUCAGCCACAGCGGACGGCGUCAACACCUAUCAUCCCUAGUAUCCACGCUCCUCACCCACCUUCGCGAACGAAUAGCUUGCAGUCGAAGCCCCGUGGGCCCAGAUUGACCGUCCAAAUUCCAAACGAAGAUGAAGAGGACGAGAAGACCACCGCAGCUACGUCACCUCAGGCCACCGCUGCUGCGACCCGAACGCCCAUAGAUGGCCGGCCUGGCGUCGUCCUCCCGCCUCCCUCACCCUCAGCUAGCGCCCUGCUCUCCGCGGGAGCCUCAGGACCACCGAACCCCUUUGCCAGACCGGCGCCACCUGGUGCUGUAAAUGGAUUUAGCAGGUCCGAUAUCGAGACGCCCAUCUCGGCGCUGCCUAGCAGGUUUGUUUCGGAUCAGCUUCUUCCUUCGCCGAGUAGUUUCUACGCGGACUGGUUUAACAGUCGCGAUAAUAACAUGCUUCCUUCGCCGCUAACAUUCCCGACGCCCGUCGCGUCCAGAGGAACGGAGCUUAGCGAAGAAGACGAGCGGAAGCGGAAAUUGGACGACGCGUCCAAUAAUACGCCGGAGAAGCGAGUGAAGACUUAAAUUGUCCUCCCCUUGGUUCGUUGGCUUUUCUCGAAGGAUUACACGCUCAUCUGUUGAUUCCAAUGGCUUUUGUUGGGCCAAAAACCACACUUCGCGAUACUGCUGGAUUAUUUUUGUCCUUUCUUUGCUCAAUUCUCGGGUUUCUACAAGUCGGAUAUACUACGAGCAUUGGGUGGUGUUUUUUUUAACAUGUCCGCUCUAUCAGAUGGACUACGUCGUUAUGAAAGGGACGUGAUCGAACUCCCUUGGAAGGGUCUGCUAAUUUCUUCUCUAAUGGUGUGACCUAUUUAAACGAACUUUGUUCUUCGGUUUUCUUUGUUACAAGAGAUUGUAGUAGUUCACCGGUCACAGCCACAAAUCAGAGCUGGGCAGGCGUGAUAACGCAUUCAGAGGCGUUUUUGAAAUCGAUAUAUG